GACAUCGCCAGCGGGUGCCUCCGUCUUGGUUGCUUCUUUCAGUUUGUUGCUGGUCUUUUCCCGUCUAUCGCUCUAGUGUGCUCGGCUUGCUCUCUGCGGUUCUUGCUCUUGUCGGAAAUUUCGACAAGAUGGCGCCGAAGGCUUCUCCUUAACUAUAGGACCCCCUGCC